AUUGACCUGUAAAUAAAUCCGCUGAUGUUCCUGUGUCGGCUCCAGCAAUUGCGGAAAGAGCACUCGGUCAUUUUCAACUUGCAGAAGAGUCGACUGCAUUCCCUUAAAAGCCUUUCUCCAGGGACUUCUUAUUUAGCUAAUUUCACAGUGAACGUAGUUGUAAAAAUUACGACUUUUGAAAUGAGUGUAUAGCAGUUAGGAGGAGCAGCUCAACAGUAUCUUAGCUUAGCCCUGAACCAGUGAGCUGCUGAACUGGACGAGUUUAGAGAAGGUUUGGAUAUUAAGUUUAGCUAAGUUGAGUUUUUACACUAAAGUUUUUUUUCUUUAGCAUCCUAACAUGGAGUCAUUUGGAGCCAUUGGAGCCGUUCUUGGAUGCUCUGCGGGCAUUGUGGUGUGUGGGCUUGUGUGUGCAGCCUACAGACUUGGCUUAUUCUACCAGUUGUUUCACAAGACUGAAACAAAGAGUCCUCGACAUGGUGGCGAGAGCGUGGCAGAGGUCCUCCGCGCCCAUGGGGUCAAGUACGUUUUCACUCUUGUGGGUGGACACAUCUCACCUAUCCUGGUGGCUUGCGAGAAGGUGGGCAUCCGCAUUGUGGACACCAGACACGAGGCCACUGCUGUCUUCGCUGCUGAUGCUGUAGCAAGACUCUCAGGUACUGUUGGUGUAGCAGCGGUGACUGCUGGCCCAGGCCUCACUAACACAGUGACAGCAGUGAAGAAUGCUCAGAUGGCUGAAUCUCCACUGCUUCUCAUUGGGGGAGCUGCUGGUACACUACUUCAGGGAAGAGGAGCGUUACAAGAUAUUGACCAGAUGUCUCUUUUCAAGCCGCUGUGUAAGUUCUGUGCCUCCAUCAGAACUAUCAGAGAGAUCGUGCCUACGGUCAGGAAGGCUCUGGCCAUCGCCCAGUCUGGAACCCCUGGUCCUGUUUUCAUAGAGUUCCCCAUCGACACACUCUACCCCUUCCACCUGGUAUCCAAAGAGUUUGGGGUUAAGAACCCUCCCAAAGGCCUAAUGGGAAAAAUCGUCACAUGGUACCUCAACAACCACCUCAUGAACCUGUUUGCUGGAGCCUGGGAGACCAGAGAUGUGUCUCCGCUCCCAGUCAACAUCCCACAGGCCACAGAUGAUCAGGUACAAAGGUGCAUAGAGCUGGUGAGUCGAGCCAAGAAACCUGUUAUUCUGCUGGGCAGCCAAGCAACACUACCCCCAACACCAGUCAAUGACGUCAGGAAGGCAUUGGAGGACCUGGGCAUCCCCUGCUUCCUAGGGGGCAUGUCUCGUGGCAUGCUGGGUAAAGACAGUCCCAUCCACAUCAGACAGAACAGGAGAGAUGCUCUGAAGGAAGCUGAUGUGGUGGUCUUAGCAGGCACUGUGUGUGAUUUCCGCCUGAGCUACGGCAGGGUUCUCAACAGACGAAGCAAGGUCAUCGCUGUUAACAGGGACAAGACACAGCUGCUGAAAAACUCAGAUAUGUUCUGGAAACCAACCAUAGCAAUUCAGGGUGACGCUGGUUCAUUCUUAGUGCGGCUUUCCAAGGGCCUGAAGGGCCACCGCUGUCCAGAGGAAUGGCCUCAGAGUCUUAAAGUAGGAGAUGUUACCAAAGAAAAUACAAACCGGGCUAAAGCUGAUGAAAAGACAGAACACCAUCUAAAUCCAUUGAAAGUCCUCCACUGUGUGGAUGAGCUGAUGUCAGAGGACAGCAUCAUUGUUGCUGAUGGGGGUGAUUUUGUUGGAAGUGCUGCUUACAUAAUGAGGCCAAGAGGACCAAUGCGCUGGCUCGAUCCAGGAGCCUUUGGGACCCUGGGAGUUGGAGGAGGAUUUGCCCUGGGUGCAAAACUGUGCCGGCCUGAAUCUGAGGUGUGGAUAGUGUAUGGUGAUGGCUCCUUAGGAUACAGUGUUGCAGAGUUUGACACGUUCACUAGACACAAGACACCAGUUAUAGCUGUGGUGGGAAAUGAUGCAUGUUGGAGUCAGAUCUCCAGAGAGCAGGUUCCCAUCCUUGGCAGUAAUGUGGCGUGUGGCCUUGCAUUUACAGACUAUCACACAGUGGCUGAUGGUUAUGGUGGUAAGGGCUACCUUAUAAGGCGUGAGGACGAGGACAGGCUAAGCGACAUCAUCGGACAGGCUCAGAGGGAGACAAAGGAGGGCAAGGCUACACUCCUCAAUGUUCUUAUAGGGAAGACCAACUUUAGAGAGGGCUCUAUCUCUGUUUAGAGCAGCAGUGUUAAUAUUGUUAAGCUGUGCCCUGACCAGACCUCUGCUGAUCCUUUGUGCCCUUAAAGCCAUAUUUCACUUUGAUAAGAGGAAAUGUCUACAGUAAGCUGAUCUCCUACAAGAGUUCAGUUACGAUACUACUACUUACUCACUUACUUCCCUCAUCAGAUUAGCCACAAAUCAUUACUAGGAACGCAUCUGCAAAAAACAGUCAUGACUAUUAUUAUAUUAUUCAUAACCAUUUAAUUUAUUACUAUAUAUUUAUUUUAGUUAUUAUCUAUUAAGUUCUACUUAUACUUAAAACAUAGCUGCAGAUCCACCAGCCUAGAAACUAAAGCUUUUAUUGUGCGUGCUGCUUUCAGGGUCAUGUUCUGCUCUUUGAAAGACAAUUGCUGCAAUUUAAGAAGGGAAAGACAGAAAAGUAAGAAACUCUUGCUUUGCUGAGGGAUUUUACUUCUUUGAGUGCUCGGGGUGGGGGGGUGUUAGAUGUUUGACCUUUAACCAGCCUAUUAUAACUUAAAUAUUUCUUGCAAAUAAACCAGUGGCAGAAAAUCACUCUGCCUGAGAGAGAACAUCGGUUUAAGUUAUCAAACGUGACCAGUAUGCCUUUUCUCCUCGCCUUUUUAAGGGGAUACAUGAAAUCUUACAGCUGUGAUUUCCUUUAUCAGUUGGAAUAAAAAUUUGUUGAGUGGGAAAUAUUUUUUGAAUGUUGAGAUUGACAAAUGGUAUGCCUUUUAAUGUUUGAUUGUAUCUUCAAAGACAUUGAUAUGUUUAGAUUGAAAAUGUGUCUGCUGAUUCGGUUAUGUACUUGAUAUUUAACUUGUAUGCAGUGAUGUGGGCUGUCAUUUAAAAUAUGCCUAUACACAAUAUGUAUUGCACUAUAAUUCUAACUUAUUUACACACUUGGUGUGUGGGUCAUCUCACUCCAAAAUGUACUGCUGUUUUAUUGGGGAUUAAUUUAGGGGAUUGAGGGUAUGUUAAACUUUUGAUCAAAAAAUAUUACUUUGGAUUAAUUCUCAAAUAAACUGGAAAACGACA